CCCAGGCUCCUCUCAAAGAUUUCGAAAAUGGAGCCUCUCACAACUACUUAUCCUCUGAAAUACUCAGUGCCCAAAGCAAGGGUCUUUGUUGUCUUUCUGUCAAUGGUUUUGUGUACUGCCAUUCUCUGCCUGCUGCAACUCAGAUUUUUUAAACCCAAAAUCAAGGAUUUUUAUUCUUUCGAAGUCAAGGAUUCACGAGGAAGGAUCGUUUCCUUGGAGAAGUACAGAGGGAAAGCAACUUUGGUUGUAAACGUGGCCAGUUACUGCCAACACACAGACAAAAAUUACAUCGCACUGCAAGAACUACACAGAGAGUUUGGUCCCUCCCAUUUCACUGUGCUGGCUUUUCCCUGCAACCAGUUUGGAGAAUCAGAGCCUAGUUCAAGCCAGGAAGUAGAAUCUUUUGCCAGAGGAAACUAUGGAGUGACGUUCCCUGUUUUCCACAAAAUCAAGAUCCUAGGAUCAGAAGCAGAGCCCGCCUUUAAAUUUCUAAUAGAUUCUUCAAAGAAAGAGCCUCGAUGGAAUUUCUGGAAAUACCUUGUCAGUCCUGAGGGUAAAGUUGUGAAAUUCUGGAGACCUGAAGAGCCCAUAGAAAGUAUCAAGCCAGAAGUAGCAUCAUUAAUCAGGCAGAUUAUCAUGAAAAAAAGAGAAGACCUCUGAAAAAGCCAUUCACACUGUGAAUACAUUCCACAGCAUAGGUACGCAGCCUUACUACAUUCCUGAGAAAUGCUUAUGGAAGCUAAACCAUCAGGUGAUGUUACUUCUCUUUGGCGUUAGUAUUUUCAGCUACAAUAUGUCAAAUAAUGUUGGACUGGCUCCUGCAAGGGUCUUGAGAACCACUGAGGUUACUGAGAAUGGCAAGGCACUCAGUACUCCAUUUGCAUGAAGUUCCUGAAUGUUUCUUUAAAUCGCUGACAAUGGCUAAUUACAAUUGUCACCGGCAGGGAGAUAACUAAGAAGGGGAUUUGUUGAUAAAUUACUCAGUAUUUGCACAGAAGAGUUUCAUUUCCCAUCUACCAUUAACAAAUAGAUUUUGAUAUUACAUUAACACAUAAUUGCCCUGACUGAAAGACGUUGAGCCAAGAGGUGUCAUACCAGGGUUUUUAGUGACCAAUGCAACUGAAUUUUCUUGAGGAAAAUUACUGAGUUGUGCAGCUGUCAACUUAGUUGUAAAAAACU